UCUAUCACUGAACGAGUGCCUAAAAUAAUUUUAUAGUGUUUUCUUGCAUAAAAAUCAUAAUAGUUAUUUCAUAUUCGAAGAAGAACACAUUUAAAGAAAGAAAUAGAAGGAAUUGCUAUCAGAAGAUAUGCAAUCCGACGAAGGUGCAAUUUGUUCGUCCAUAGCGUCAUUGGACUAUGUUGAUCUAUCAGAUUACUGUCGUCUAUGUCUGCAAAUACCGGAGGAGUCGCAAUUGCUGGAUUUACAACUAAUUUAUGAUGAAGAAGAACAGCUUACCUAUUAUGACUGCUUUGUCGUAUGCACACAAAUUGAUUUGCACGCUGGAGGCAUUUAUGCACCACACCAGCUAUGUAAAUCUUGUGGUUUAGAAUUGCAGGUGGCAUAUGAUUUUCAUAAAAAAGUGCAAGAAUCUAAAAAGUUCUUAAAUCAAUUUCAAAAAACUCAUAUUACUGAUGAAGAAACAUUGAACACAACAUUGACAAAAGAUGAGACAUCGCAUGUUACGGAUCUAGUAAUUGAAGAAGUGGUUCACAAAACAAGUGAUGAGACACAACUGCCAGUCCCAAUACAAUUAGAAAAUGAGUCAACAGAGAAUGAAGUUGUCACUACGGAAGAAGAAAAUAUAGAACAUUUGGAUGCGCAUAUAGAAUAUGAAGAGCUGGAAGAGCACAUCGAAAUGGAAGAGUAUCCAACGGUUGAGGAGUUGAUUGAUGAUGAUGCGGGAACAGUACAAAUAAGAAUCAAUGACGAAGAGUAUUUGAUACAAAAAGUGAAUGAUAGUAAUAAUGAAACAUUAGUCAAGCCACGGCAUGAAAGCCAAGUUUUACCUAAAACAAGCUACAAUAAAUCAAGAAAUAAACGAAAAGGCAGUCUUAGAAAUAAUGCCGAAAAUAUUUCAAAAUUUCAAUAUAGUAGUGCUGAAAGCGAUGUCGAAUCAAUAAAUGAUGAAAUAAAUAUGACAGAAAGCACUGCUGGUGAGCAAUGCCAAAAGGAUACAACUUCUGUAACAGCGACCAAAACUGAUCAGAACGAUGUAGUUAUUUCGAAAAAAGGCGACAUUCAACCACGACGUCGUUUCAGUGCGCAACUGGAAUAUGUUUAUACCGAAGAAUAUGAAUCGGAACAUCAAGAAGUCAUAUCAACUUCUAACACAUUUUUGGACACAACCAAUUGCUUUACCAGAGGGGCGACGAAUAUCGAUAUGACCGAAGCUUCAAUUCCAUUAUACAGCAGUGAAAUUACAAGCGUUGACCCGCUGAACACUGCGCUUCCAACUGCAGACACAUCGGUACCACCAAUAAAAAUAAUAUCAACACAACGAACGUGUCACUACAACUGUGAUCACUGCCAGAAGUCAUUCCCGAGUCGCAGUAAAAUGUUAUGGCAUCGACGCAUGCACGAACCCGACCGGCCACAUUUCAAUUGUCCCCAUGAGAGCUGCGAUCGCAUCUAUUUAUCACGUCAAUCCUGUGAGCUGCACUACAAGCAAACGCAUUGCUCACCCGAUGACUACCAGCCACUGGAAUGUACGCUAUGUCACAAAACAUUUGCCAUACCGCAAACGCUGGAGAUACAUAUGCGCUAUCAUACGCGUGAUUUCCCUUACGAAUGCGCACAUUGCGAGCGCAGUUUUGCCCAAAAGGGGCAUCUAACGACACAUUUGCAAGUUAUGCACAAUAAUUUGCGAUAUAUUUGUCCGGUGGAGAGAUGUGGCAAGGUUUUCAAAAACACGAUAUCAUUACGGAAUCAUAGUUUUUCGCAUACGGGUAUGCCAUUCCGGUGCGCCUACUGCGAUCGUGGUUAUCCGCAAAAGUCAAAACUUAAGGUGCACCUGAAACUGAAACAUGAGGUUGUCAUGUCCAUUGAGGAGCUGGAAUCAAUGCGCAAAUUCAAAAGUUUCCGUACACGCCAUUCAUUUGUCAAAAUGGAAGCGACACAAAGCGUUGACGCAAACUCCGAAACAGCGGAGGCUAGCUUAGACAGCAGCUCCAUGAAUGAAUACUUUGUAGAUGUUGUGGAAGAAGAAGUAUGUUGAAGUGUGUGCAUUACAUAGAAAUACUGAUCAAAUCAUUGUCGAUGGAAAUUUAUGUACGACUAAAUAUACUAUUAUGUAUACAGUGAAGGGGAGAAGGUGGAGAUUGGAAAGCAUUUCUGCUUGGCACGGAGUUCAUAGGCGGGGUCGAUGUUUUACAAUCAUCUCUGGCCUUUUCUCUGCCGCCUUAUAUUUAUAUAAAAAUACGAUAAAGAAUUACAUACAACAAUUCUGCGAGCUUUUGAAAUCUAAAACCAAUUAUAUACCACGCCAUUUGUGUGUUUCAGUCGAGUUGAAACCCAAAGGGCGUUUUAAAUUUAUGGUAGAAAAUAUUUUUAUUUUAUUUUAUUAAGUAAAAGUGUUCUAAUAUUAUU